AAUAUCUAUUAAAGGCAUUAGUAUAUGUCAGUACAGCAUUCACACAUGUAAACAAUCCAUUCAUCGAAGAAAAAGUGUACCCACCUAUAGCUGAUUGGCAUAAGAUGAUAGAUGUGGCCGAGUCAUUAGAUGAGCAUACUUUGAACAUUUUUACAGCUAAAUGUUUAGAUUACGUUCCCAACACGUAUACUUUUUCGAAAAACCUAGCAGAGAGUGUAAUACAGGAAUAUUCUUCCUCCUUACCUUGCGCGAUUGUAAGACCGUCCAUGGUGUAUCCAUCGCUAAAAGAACCAAUGCCAGGAUGGAUAGACAACGUUUAUGGGCCAAUAGGACUUGCUAUUGGUGGCGGAAAAGGAAUAAUACGAAUAGGAUAUUGUAAUAAAUAUACUGUUGAAGAUACAGUACCAGUGGACAUUGUCACUAAAGCUAUAUUAGUCGUCUCUUGGAAGCUUGGAUUGACUAAUUUUACAGCAGGUUUCACAUUUGUUUUAAACUGUACAAGCCAAACACCUAUGACACAUCAAAACGUUAUAAAGUUGUGUAGACCUAUAUUAACUGAAGUGCCUGUGGAAGGAAUGGUCUGGACUACUAGCCAAACAAUAACUGAUAAUUUUACUCUGUAUUAUAUAUUAACUAUUUUAUUGCAUAUCUUGCCAGCUAUGUUAAUAGAUAUGAUUUUAAAAUUCUCUGGACGUCGACCUAUUCUAGUACGACUGCAGAGAAAACUGUAUGUGGUCAAUCGAGCCUUGGGAUAUUAUGGAUGUAAUGAAUGGAAAUUCAGCAAUGUAAAUAGUUUGACUCUGAUGUCCUCAAUAUCACCUGAUGACUGGAAUAUGUUUUCUUUCGAUUAUUCCAAUUUUAAUUCUAAGGAGUAUUACAAGUAAGUAUAUUAUAUUUUUUAUU